GUCAAAUUGUCAAUAAUAAGUGAGGUUAGAAUCAGCUUGCUUGGUGGAGAUUUUGUUGUUUAUUUGAAAAUUGUUUACAAUUCUGUUUAAAAAUGACGAGCCACGUUAAAAUACGUUUAGCUUCAGAGAGAGUGAAUCAUUCUGUGCCUACUAACAGAGAAUUACCUCGAUUCUAUACCCCUGGUGAAGUUGUAACGGGCAUGGAGGAUUUUAUGCGUGGGCAUGGUACUUACGCAUCAGACGACUGUUUAAAAGCUUCCGUAGCUGGGGUAAUGCAGAAAGUAAACAAGUUGAUAUGUGUGCGACCGUUGAAGAAUCGGUACGUCGGUGAAAUAGGAGAUGUAGUAGUGGGACGAGUACUUGAAGUACAGCAGAGAAGAUGGAAAGUUGAAACUAAUUCUCGUCUAGACUCAGUUCUACAGUUAUCAUCUGUGAAUCUACCUGGAGGCGAGCUGAGGCGAAGAUCAGCAGAAGAUGAACAGAUGAUGAGGAAGCACCUUCAAGAGGGUGACCUCAUCAGUGCAGAGGUACAGAGUGUGUUCUCAGAUGGCUCUCUGUCAUUGCACACCAGGAGUUUGAAAUAUGGCAAGCUUUCCCAAGGUAUAUUAAUGAAAGUAUUCCCUUCACUGAUCAAACGCAGAAAGAACCACUUCCACAACUUGCCGUGUGGUAUAUCAGUGAUCAUUGGUAACAACGGCUACAUCUGGAUAAGUCCACCGGAACAAAAUAACUUGGUGGAGGAAGAGAAAGAUGAAAUUGUUAAUGUUGAAGUACAGUGUAUUAGCAGAUCAGACAGGGAAACAAUGGCAAGAGUGAGGAACUGCAUAGCUGCUCUAGUUGCUUCCAAAAUGUUGCUGGAUGACACAAGCAUCAUGUUUGCGUACGAAGAGAGCCUCAAGUACGACAAUGUUAAAGAAUUACUAGACCCUGAAGCUAUGCUUGAUGUAGCCUUUCUAACACAACAUAGAAUAAAUAAUGUUUUGGAAGAGUAAUUGGUAUAUUUUAUUUGGACUAUUUUAAGAGACAACAGAUUUACAUAUAGCAAUGUUGAGUGAAGGAUUGUGGUUGAAUUGCAUUAAAGGUAUGUUCAGAGAAAUGUAGUUUAUUGGUCUUUGCCGAUGGAGGGAGUGACGUCGAAGAAUAAUUAUAGACUAACCACAUGAAUACAGUCAAAGAGAUUUUAAUUUUCACAACGAUAGGUUCUUGGCGUCCAUUUGGAGAUAUUUCAAAUACAAUCGUAUUAUAAAAGUAAUUAGGUUGAAUUUAAAUUGUUACUAUAUUAAUUUCUUAUUCGCCACUCGUUAAGGUCAGCAUUUAGUUUGGUUAAUAAAUAAAAUACAAGCCAAUUUGAUUUCACAUAAUUUAUUUUCAGUAUCACAAACCACUUAAUUUAUUUAUCAAACACAUGUUUAAUUUUUCUUGAUUAAUCAUAAAAUAUUAUCUUAAUAAUCUCAGUUUCUCUUAUAAAUGGUGUGAUAUCCAUUGUAAUAAAUUUUAAAAACGUACAUAACAAAUUAUUAUUUGGUUUCUAUCAUUAUAAACUAUGAUACAAUACUGUAAAAGAGUACACAUCUAAAUUAUUAUUAAAAAUAUUUUACAAAUAGAAAUAUAGUAAAAAAUCCUAUAAAACGUGUAUAUCGAAGUACCAGUGAUUACAAAAAUUGUGACAAAUGAUUAAAGUUUUGACACGA